UCGGACCAAUAUACACGCAGUAGUUCGGGCACCAACUAACCAAUCUGUGUGAUGCAUUCUAGCCACUCCAUUACCCGGUAUUGUGUUCCCUAGUUCCUUCUUCGCCUGGUGUUGUUUCAUAGUUCUUCCUUCACCUGGAGACUUGUAGGACUCGCCCGACGCUGGGAACUACAAUGUGGGUGCUGGGUGCGGUGGUCCUGGCGACAAUCCAGGUGCCCGCCGCCCCGCUCAUUAUAUACCGAGAGUGUCUGCCUCAAGCAAAAUGGGAGGGCCGUUGGGAGGGGUCCCACAUGGACCUGACAGCGUGGCUAGCAGAGGACGCAGAAUUGACUGAGCUAGAAGACCCUCUUCUAACCUUCACCAUGGAACCAGUUGGCUCAUCACUCCCAUACGACUACGAUGUCCUCUACCUCACCCGUAACCAGGUGGAAGUGAUGCGAGUCAGAAACAGCCGCAGGACCAGGAAUGAGCUGAUGGUGUCACCGGGUCUGCCAAGUGGGUGGACAGCCUUCAACCUGUCCUCGUCAUCAUCACACACACAGUUAUGGCACAACCAAGAGACACAACUUGUAUCACUGCCCGCUGAUAUGACCAUUGAUAGACUCACCAUAGAAGGCAGUAAUAUCACUGUCAACUGCCAUCAUGGUGAGUUAGGCUGGGAGGUGCGUGGCACUAAGGAAGUGGUAGUGCCACUGCCUGGCCACCUCCACCGUCACCACCUCAGCACCUACUCCAACACUGCCUCACGACCCAGAGUGACCCUAGCCGACACAACACUCCAGUUGGGCUGGGAUGGUGCCAACCUGGUCGACGUAACUCACUAUGACCAAAAGUAUCAGAGCCCUCUGCCGGCAGCCAUUGAACAUCACCUCUACAUUGUCUGCACAUCUUUUUCUGCUGAUAUCCUCUGUGAUAUAUUGGCUGGGGAGAAAAUCCUCAAGACUGUGAACUUGCUGAAGCCGCCAGCCUGGCUGACUAUCCUGGGGAAGCAGGAGGACCAUUUCUUCACAUUUUACCACCGAGAGGCUGCGAAUAUUACUCGUGACGUGAAGUCUCUAUCUAAUCCAGGAGGUGAAGACACCCGUGGCUCCGUGAUGGCCCUCGUAGCAGCAGUUGUGGUGCUGGCCCUGGUGGCACUGGCCCUCCUGGCUGUCAUCGCGUAUUCUUACUACACUCAGAAGAAAGCUGGCCAAAGCACCUCCGAGGAGACCCCAGCUGAGAUUAAGGAGAUGGUCGCGUUACUGACUUCUAAUGAUUCGAUGAUAGACAUAAAGAGUGAAGAAAUAAUAAGGGUUGCCAUUAUCGAAGGAGACAAAGGCCGGGUAAAGGCCCUAUUGGAUAAAACGAACAAAGCCGCAGCCUAUGUAGAGGCGCACAUCCAGGCCAAGAAGGACAUCAUUCAGAUUAUCUCACAACGUACACAAGAAGAAGUUGAAACUCCUAAAAACCUGCUUGUCAUAUCGGUGUUAGGCGAACUCCAACAGCGGAUAAAAGUGGUCUUCGAGGCAGCGAGAUCUGGCCUUUAUAAAGGCACAGGUGGUGUUAAGAUUCUGUUACAGACGUAUGGCCUCCCAGGAACCGUAAGAGAUGAAUAUGGCUUGUCUAUCAUACAUCACAUGGUUACUCACAUCCUCACCGAUGGAAAAACACCCGUCUGGAGUGCUCCAGAUAUUGAAGAUUUUCUUAAGACUCAGCAACACUGCAUCAAUGCUGUGGACUACCAAGGACAAACGGUGCUACACACACUGGCGUGUCACCCACGGGACACCACCGACAUAUCAUGGGGCAAUGAGACGCAGACAGUAGACGAAAUGUGGUGUAAUAUGGCUCAGAUAUUUAUUGACCAUGGCUGCAACCCUACACUCACGGAUCACUGUGGACUACAUCCAUAUCAAAAGGCAAUGAUUAAAAAUAAUGCAAUGCUGUCAAACUUCUUGCAAGAGAAGUAUGAGACGUUUGUAAGUUGGGAUUUUGAAAAAGGAACUCAAAGCAUGAACAACUUGUGAGUGCAGCGAGGGAGGGGAAUAUACACACUAUGGCUGCCUUGCUCAAGGAGGGUGUCCUGUCCUGCCCAUGACU